AUCACAAAAAGUGAUAACUCACUAAAACAAUACUAUCGCCAUCUACUGGUCGGUUUAUGUAUAACCAAACUAACAUAAUGGUGGUUAUUUAAAGAUCACGAAGAAACAGAGGUCAGACUUUUAAUGCAUUUAUUACAACAUUGAAUUGAAACUCCACUUCUUCUCCUUUACUCCUUCUUCUUCAUCUCUUAUCAAAUUGACAUCUGAACUUUACUAAAAGGCGAUCGAAAAGAAAAUAAAGAAAUGGAUAGAUUAGAAAUAAAAAAUGCUUUUGGGCAGUCUUCAUGCUAAUGGGAGUUUAUAGAGUUUAGACAUGUAAUGGGCUGCCCUAUAGUAAGUUUAUUAAUAAAAACUAAAAAGCAAACACCUGGUAAACAGCUGAGGGAUGGGCUGGAGAAAUGUAACCACUCUCAAAUUCAUAGACAGAGCUAUGGAUGCAAGGACUGCUCAUCCAUGAGAUAAAAAAUUAAGUUUUAACCAUGUUUUGGAGCUAUACAGUGUUUAUUUACAAUUACAUUGUUUAAAAACAAUGGAGUAAAACACGGCUAUAUUUAGACAGUUGAAUAUGCUCAACAGGCAUUACAAAUUACAUUAUUCAAGAAUCAAUGGCUAUAUACAGUGUCAUUAUUUUACAAGUAAAAAUAUGUACAGUGCAUUUGGAGAGUAUUAAGACCCCUUGACUUUUUCCACAUUUUGUUACGUUACAGCCUUAUUCUAAAAUUGAUUAAAUUGUUUUUCCCCCCUCAAUGUUUGCUAAUUUAUUAAAAUAAUAACAGAUACCACAUUUACAUAAGUAUUCAAACCCUUUACUUAGUACUUUGUUGAAGCACCUUUGGCAACAAUUACAGCCUCGAGUCUUCUUGGUAUGACGCUACAAGCUUGGCACAUCUGUAUUUGGGGAGUUUCUCCCAUUCUUCUCUCCAGAUCCUCUCAAGCUCUGUCAGGUUGGAUGGGGAGCGUCGCUACAGAGCUAUUUUCAGGUCUCUCCAGAGAUGUUCGAUCAGGUUUAACUCAGGGCUCUGGCUGGGCCACACAAGGACAUUCAGAGACUUGUCCCGAAGCCACUCCUGCGUUCUCUUGGCUGUGUGCUUAGGGUUGUUGUCCUGUUAGAAGGUGAACCUUCGCCACAGUCUGAGGUCAUGAGCUCUCUGGAGCAGAUUUUCAUCAAGGAUCUCUCUGUACUUUGCUCCAUUCAUCUUUCACUCAAUCCUGACUAGUCUCCAUGUCCCUGCCACUGAAAAACAGCCCCACAGAAUGAUACUGCCACCACCAUGCUUCACCGUAGGGAUGUUGUCAGGUUUCCUCCAGAUGUGACACUUGGCAUUCAGAUCAAAUAGUUCAAUAUUGGUUUCAUCAGACCAGAGAUGCUUGUUUCUCAUGGUCUGAGAGUCCUAACGUGCCUUUUGGCAAACUCCAAGCGGGCUGUCAUGUGCCUCUUACCGAGGAGUGGCUUCUGUCUGGCCUCUCUACCAUACAUGCCUGAUUGGUGAAGUGCUGCAGAGAAUGUUGUCCUUCUGGAAGAUUCUCCCAACUCCACAGAGGAACUCUGGAGCUCUGUCAGAGUGAUCAUCGGGUUCUUGGUCACUGCCAAGUCCAAGGCCCUUCUCCCCUGAUUGCUCAGUUUGGCCGGGCAGUCAGCUCCAAAUGUAUUCCAUUUCAGAAUCAUGGAGACCACUGUGUUCUUGGGGACAUUCAAUGCUGCAGACAUUUUGUUACCCUUCCCCAGAUAUGUGCCUCGACACAAUCCUGUCUCAGAGCUCCUUUGACCUCAUUGCUUGGUUUUUGCUCUGACGUGCACUGUCAACUGUGGGACCUUGUAUAGAUAGAUGUGUGCCUUUCCAAAUCAUGUCCAAUCAAUUAAAUUUACCACAGGUGGACUCUAAUCAAGUUCAACUUGGACUCCAACCAAUCAAUGCCUCACGGCAAUCGCUCAUCCAUAUAUUUAUAUGUACAUAUUCUUAUUCAUUCCUUUACACUUGUGUGUGUGUGUAUAUAAGGUAGUUGUUGUGAAAUUGUUAGAUUACUUGUUAGAUAUUACUGCAUGGUCGGAACUAGAAGCACAAGCAUUUCGCUACACUUGCAUUAACAUCUACUAAACAUGUGUAUGUGACCAAUAAAAUUUUAUUUGAAGUUGUAGAAACAUCUCAAGGAUGAUCAGUGGUAACAGGAUGCACCUGAGCUCAUUUUCAAGCCUAAUAGAAAAGGAUAAGGUAUUUAUUUUUAUUUUUAUUAUAUAUACAUUUGCAAAAUGUCUAAAAAUCUGUUUUUGCUUUGUCAUUAUGGCGUAUUGUGUAUAGAUUGAUGAGGAAAGUGUUUAAUUGAAUCCAUUUUAGAAUAAGGCUGUAACGUAACAAAAUGUAGAAAAAGUCUGAGUACUUUCCGAAUGUACUGUAUGUGCCAAUCCCAGAUUGCCUCAUUAAGACUUUUUUACCUUUCAUAAUAAAUUGGUCCCCUCUCAAACUUCCUUUCCGCCUCGACAACAGAGAUUUUGUCUCUGGCUGCCAUGGCCUGGAUAGUGGCCUGGGACGGUAUUAAAAACCAAUAAUUGGACUCCCGGGUGGCGCAGUGGUCUAGGGCACUGCGUCGCUGCGCCACCAGAGACUCUGGGUUCAUGCCCAGGCUCUGUCGCAGCCGGCCGCGACUGGGAGGUCCGUGGGGUGAUGCACAAUUGGCCUAGCGUCGUCCGGGUUAGGGAGGGUUUGGUCGGUAGGGAUAUCCUUGUCUCAUCGCGCACCAGCGACUCCUGUGGCGGGCCGGGCGCAGUGCGCGCUAACCAAGGGAGCCAGGUGCGCGGUAUUUCCCCCGCGGCUGGCUUCCGGGAGGCGUGCUGUGUUAAGAAGCAGUGCGGCUUGGUUGGGUUGGGUUGUGUUUCGGAGGACCCGUGACUUUCGACCUUCGUCUCUCCCGUACGGGAGUUGUAGCGAUGAGGCAAGAUAGUAAUUACUAACAAUUGGAUACCACAAAAUUGGGGAGAAAAGGGGGUAAAAAAUACAAUAAAUAAAUAAUUAAAAUAUAAAACAUUAAUUAACCAUGAAUGGAUAAAGAUAAGUUUUAAAGGAGUAGACCAGCCUACAUAUGUUAAAAUCCAUGAAAGUGUCAGUAGAUGGUUAGACUUCACUGCCCAUUAUUUUGGCUACCAUGGCUGGAUGAAGAGAUGUCAGUGACUUUGAGGGGUCUCAAAGGAGCAUAGGGGGUUUAACGUGUGUGUUUGUCUCAGUCACCAGAUUGCAACCCAAUUGCAGACUUAUUGGAGAUUCUGGAGUGGCGCCUGAGACAGCGUUUUCCACCAGCAUCAACAAAACACUAAAUUAUGGAAUUUCUAGAGGAAGAUUGGUGUCACCUCCCUCCAAUAGAGAUCCAGUGUCACUGUAAAUUAUUUGCAAUCAGUGUAUCAAUAAAUCAAUCAAUUAAUUUUCUUGCACUGGUAAUUGCAUCCUUCUGAGCCGAGGAGUAGACAUGAAAAUAUAAGGAAAUUACAUAGGAGUGGCCUAGUUUUACUGAGGGGCCAAUUUAGCCAGAGGCUCUUUUAAUGAGAGGCCAGACUCCCAGUCUCCAUCAGGACUCUACGACGGUAGCUAGUCCAUGAGCCAGACCCCCACAUUUGGUCUGUCAGGCUCACUGGAGGUGACAAUGUGUCCAAGUGAUUUUAGAAAAUGUGUGAUAGCAGUGCAGCAGUUGGAGCUUUCUCCGGUAAUAACUCUUUCUUUCAUUUCUCAAUCCCGUACAAUUUUCCCAUAGGGGUUUUACCCUAUGACAGAUAAUGCUAGUAUACAAGUUAUUGCUCACAUGUAAGCUUUAAUUAUAUAUCUUUGGAAAGAUCCACAGCUAUCCAUCAGAUACAUUUAUGGAAUGUUCAGGUCAACAGAAGUUUAACCUUUGACCUAUGGGGUACAUAUCAGAAUUACCUGUAUACAUUUAUUUUAAAAGGAAACCCUGACACAUUUUAAACUUUGUUUGACAACCAACUCAUCAUCAAGCUUUGAUUAUUUGAAUCAGCUGAGUAUUGCUAGGGAAAAAUCCAAAACGUACACCCAGGGGGGCCCCAGGACCGAGUUUGGGAAGCGCUGGUCUAGAGUCCCAUAUACGCCAACAUUCUUUCAUUAGAUUACAUUUUCAUACACAAUAGAAACAAGGGAGCUAAAACGGAAUAAACACCAAAUUACAUGAUACUGACUCACACGCAGCUCCUAAAAAGAGACAUGUUCUUAUUAGUCGAAACAGACAGAAGACUUGUCGAGUUCACCACACGAACACAUGCAUUUUCCUUUACAACUGAGGAUGUCAAAAGUCCAGAAGAGUUGGACAUGACUGUCAGGAGACAAGGCCACUGUCUGGGUCAGUGGUUGAUUGAAAAGUCAUCUUACAGUUCACAGCAGUACCAAUGUUAAUCAACAAAAUUCUUGGCCCUGUAAAGUUUAAUAUGUGGUAUAAAUAUAAAGAGUCUCUGUAUUUUGGGACUUGUAUAACUCUGAUGGUCUUUAUCUGGGUCAUUGGUUUGUUGCUGCCAAACCUGUAUAAAGUUGAUCUACACCUGCAAGCUGCAGUGUGUUACAUCAAUGGAAGCCUUCAGAGGCACCCAUUAUUACUGUUGACACAGGGUCCUCCCUGAUGACCUUAUUGCAGACCAUUUACUAUAUCCCUGUGGUCUGUUGGUUUGUACACAAGGAUUAUGUCCAUUAGAAGUUCACAAAGAAAGUGCAGUCAGCCAUAACAGGUCAUUAUGUAAUGUCAGGCCCCUUUAAAGACAGCAUGUCACCAGGCUGCCUGUAAUAGUGCACAGGUGAAGGGGUGAAGAUGGACAGCACUAAUCUCUCUUUGUUGCUUUUGAUGGCUCUCCUCUUAAGCCUGUCUUGUGCUGAGGAUGAGAUGGCACCUCUAUCCUGCCCAGAGUACCAAGAGGAUUUUGACGGCUCCUGUUAUGAGUUUGUGGCUCUACCGCGUUCCUUCCUCAGUGCACAGGGCUGGUGUGAGCGGGGUGGUGGACACCUAGCCUUCAUUCUAAAUAUUGAUACACAGCAGUUCCUACAGAAGCACCUAGAGCCAGAGCAGGACUGGUGGCUGGGUUUAGCACCUGCCUCCCCGAACAUAACACUGGACUCUGCUAUUGCUGAAGGUAAGAGAGCAGCCCAGGCAACUAAAGUGGGCAUUAUUUGAUGACACUAAUGCAUUAGAUCCUUUGAUCAUGCAAAGGAUCUCAAAGGGUGGGAGUAGAGUGCAUUGUAUUCAGUUGAGCAGAUAUUGUACAGAAAACCGUUACAUUUCCACUGCUGUCUCCCAACAUAAGACUAAGAUGCUGGGCUUGUUCACUCCCACAUCAGCUGGCCUCUUGCUGGGAGAUUUAUAAUCUAUUAAUCUCACACCAUUGCUAGGAGACAAUGCCACAUUUAGAUAUAUCCUUUUAGCAGCUAAUGAGGUACACCUGUCAUUCAAUAGGUUAUGCUGUCCAGUCCUUUGAUUUAAAGCAGUCUUUUUAAUUCCCCACACAAAGGACCAAACCUUAUCACCUAAUAGAGUUGUUUCCUUUCCUUCCUGCUUCUUUACAUAUUUUAUUCAUGCCUCUGACAUCCCUCAUGAGAACACAUGCUAUCAUAGUAUUUAUCAAAUUAACUAGAUAGUACACAGUAAGCAUGUCCCAUCUGUUUGACCUGACAUCUAAUAUUGUGGGAAAAUAAUACUUUAUUUCCUCUACUUUGAAGAGCAGGGGUUCCUAAUAUUUUGUACCCUCAGUGUAUAUAGAAUAUAAUACUUUCAUUAGUGUGUGCGCUGUACAUCCUCAGGUCCUCUCUCCUGGCUUGAUGGCUCUGAUAUCAGCUACUCUAACUGGGUGAACGACCCUGAUCCAGGGGCUGGCUGUGGUCACAUGCUGAGGAGCUCAGGGUUUCAGUGGGAGGCAACAAGCAACUGUAGCCAGGAGCUGCACUUCAUCUGCCAAUUUGUCCAGAAAAACAUCAUCCUUCAGAAGGCCAUCGGGGAGUUUGGCAUCAUUAAGUGCUAUAGCUUGAACCAAUCAACAGAUGGUGCAAACUGCAAGGCCCUGUACGGAAGUCCCCUUCAAAUCCAGGUAGAAGUAGAAACUGGUACAAAUGUGACCUACAAAAUCCACAGUGGUGAGAUGUUGGUGGCCAAUUCAUCAGCAGUCAGAGGAAUCGUCCCCCACAACAUCACAGUGGGACCAGAGGUGGAGCAACAGCUGGGCUCUGGCUGCCACCAGCUGACCCUGCAUGCCUCUAACGGGGUCUCGGUCUUGGGCGUGUCCACUGAGUUGCAGGUGUGUCUGCUGGAGCCUGUGGAGGGCCUGCUGGGAUCCGUGAUGGCUGAGGGGGGGUGUCCAGACUCAGACCUCUAUGUUAGUGUCUCCCUGGACCGGGGAGCCCCAGUGCAGCUUCUCUUCCAGGUGUCUGGAGCCAACAGCAGCAUCUCUGAGACCAGAGACAUGCAAAACAACAGCAUGCAGGUUUACAAUAUCUCAACCACUAUCCAAGGAUUUUUGCAAGUGAAAGUCAGGGCCUGGAAUGUCUUCUCACACAUGGAUGUGGAUGUGGGGAACACAACAGUUGUUUGUCACAACAGUUCAGACCUCAGGCAGAAUGGCUAUGCAAACACAACAGAAAAACGUAUGAGAGUUCGCCGAGCUAAUAACUUGAGAAUUACUGCCAUUCCAGAAACUGCCAGUCAAGACACUGAACGCGUCAAACUUGAGGUAACUGGCUUAGGAGGACUAUCUAAUGGAAAGCAGAGCAAAUUUGAAUGGGAAUGCAAAGAAGACUGUAAAGGGAAAUGCAAUGAUAAAACAACAGACAAGACUCAUUUGAUUGAAAAAGACUGUCUUCCAAACCCAUUUGAGUUUUUUGAAUACACUUUUUCUGUGAAGAAAUGGAGUGACAAUGGGAAAUGGGUUGACUUGAUUUCAACAUCCAGAUGCAUCACGGUUACUCCAACAAAAUUCGCCAACUUUAGAAUUGGUUGCCAGGAUAAUUGUAAUAUAGUGGAUGUAAAAAAAGACGUCAAAUUCAAAUUGGACUGUAACUCCAGUUGCCCAAAGGUGAUUUGGCAUAUUGAGGACCCAAAACCUUCAACAGGUGCCCUGCAAAACUGUUACAACAACGCAGGGAAAAAGCCACUUACAGAAAGAAAAGAUCUAGAUGGUCAGAAAGAGUACAAAGUGAGCAAAAACUACCUGAAAGAAGCUUCAGAUAGGUUUCAGAAUCUCCAUGUGAUAGUUUAUGAUAAGGAAACCUUUGAAUAUGCCAGGUACACCAUUCAGAUACCAGGUGUUACGACUCCUGCACCUGCUGAUACUACGCUACCUGUAACCGCUGCUCCAGCUAUCACCUUAAGUCCCCCUUCAUGUAGUAUUUUCCCUCCAAAUGGCACCGUUCUGGAUUCUUUCAAUAUCACCUGUACAACACCUACAUCUUGCACAAACGGCUGCAAAUAUUGUUUUAAAUCUGACCAAGGUAAACAUCUGCGCUGCAGUUCUGUAAAUAAAGUAAUCUUAAUCUUCCUACCUGUUGGGGAGAUAAGCAGCAACUACAUGCUGUCGGUAGAGGUGACUGUUACAGAAUUGAACACAAAGACACGUGGAAGUACCACAAUCACCACUGAGGUGCGGCCAGCCAAGUCCGGUACUCCAGUGCAGGAGCUCCAAUCUGCAGUGGCGGACACAGUGGCUAAUCUAGGGCAGCAGGGGAUGCUCUCUGGAGAGACCCUUGGACAGAUGUUCAAGUCUGUGUCGGACAUACUGAAUAAAGGCUCCAGUGAUGAAAAGAAUAACAGGAUGAAGCUGCGAGAACAGAUGCUGAUGAAUAUAACUGAAGCACUGGAGAACAGCUCCAGCAGCACUCCUCAGAAAGUGCAGCUGACGGCCAGAGCUGUGGCAGGACUCACCAAGAGGGGUGAUGAGCUUAGUCUCGAUGCUCAGCUUGAAGCUAGCUUCCUGGUGGCAAACCUCAGCUCUUCCCUCCUCUCCAUGAACGCCAGUGAGCAUGGUGGAGAAGAGGAGAUGGUGCAGGCAGCUACACCAAUUGUAGAGGCAGCCAGCAAUAUCCUGGAUGUUUCCUCAAACAGAGAAGUCUCUGAUUUACUUCUCAAGGGCAUGGACAAUGUGCAGAGUGCACUGUUGAAUUGGAAGAAGGUUGAUGAAGCUCCUGUGAUUGUCAACAGCUCUCAGAUCACUGUGUUUGUGAACAGAGUGUCAACAGAAACUAUUCAGAUGCAGUCUAUAAGCAACCCAAUAAGCUCCUCUGCAAGCUUUUCCUUCCCUCCCCUGGGUGCUGAUAUCCUUUCUCCAUAUGAACCAGUGGAUGUGCGAAUGCUGAGUUUGAAGAAGAACCCAUUUUCAUGGAGCGAGGAGAACAACAUUACCGGCACUGUGGGGUCUGUCUCCCUGACCAGAGGAGAUGGUUCUGUCAUCCCCAUAGAGAACCUAUCUGAGGAGAUUGAGAUCUUCUUGCCAAGACCUGAAGGAGGGCAAGCAAACAGCACAAUACUGUACUUGGGAAACUAUAGCACAUUGAUGGUCGACGUCCCUUCACCUGAUGUAACACUGGUGCUGAAGAUAAAGCCAUCGAAGGACAUAACCUUUCAACUGUUCCUGGGGUAUAAAGAGUACCCAAAUGAUAAACAAUACAUAGCCAAGACUCAGAUGCCUCACCAGAGCAACACGUCAGAGGAGAAAUACACCUGGGUCCUGGGUCCCAAUGAUUUGACAGGAAAAGUUGGGGUGCAUUACCUUGUGGUGAGGCCCAUUGUGGAAGCAGGGGUUAAAUCCGUCAAUGCCACUGUGACUGUCACCUCCAUUGCUGCUCAGUGCAAAUAUUGGAAUGAAACCUUAUCCACCUGGAGUGAAGAUGGCUGCAGGGUUGGUCCUUUAACCACGCUAUUGGCCACCCAGUGCUUAUGUACGCACUUGACCUUCUUCGGGAACUCUUUCUUCGUCAUGCCCAACCUCGUAGACGUGUCACGUACGGCUGAGCUCUUUGGCACCUUCGCACAAAAUCCUGUGGUGGUGUGCUUUAUUGGUUCCAUCUUUGUUGCUUACGUAUUGGUGGUCAUAUGGGCACGCAGGAAGGACAUCCAGGACACAGCCAAGGUGAAGGUGACAUUGUUGGAAGAUAAUGACCCCUUGGCUGAAUACCGUUACAUGCUGAAUAUCAGCACUGGGCAUCGGCGUGGUGCUUCCACCUCCUCUCAGGUUACUGUGACUCUGCUGGGCAUGGAGGGAGAGAGUGAGCCACACCACCUCACUGACCCUGACAAGCCUGUGUUUGAGAGGGGUGCAGUGGAUACAUUUCUGUUGACCACGCCCUUCUCUCUGGGGGAGCUGCAGAGCAUCAGGCUGUGGCACGACAACUCCGGGGGGCACCCAGCCUGGUACAUAAACAAAGUUAUGGUGCAAGAUGUAGAGACAGGACAGAAGUGGCACUUCCUGUGUAACUCAUGGCUGGCCAUAGAUAUGAGUGAGUGCACUCUGGAUAAAGUUUUCCCUGUAGCCACGGAGAUGGAUUUGAAGAAAUUCAGUAAUAUGUUCUUCAUGAGGACGGCAAAAGAUUUCCGUGAUGGCCACAUCUGGUUUUCUGUGAUCAGCCGGCCUCCAACGAGCACCUUCACAUGUGUCCAGCGUGUCUCCUGCUGUUUCUCUCUGCUGCUCUGCACCAUGCUGACCAGUAUCAUGUUCUGGGGCAUCCCUACCGACCCCUCUGAGCAGACCAUGGACCUGGGUCAUAUUGAGUUCACCUGGCAGCAGCUGAUGAUUGGAGUUCAGAGUUCAAUCAUAAUGUUUCCAAUUAAUCUCCUCAUUGUGAGUAUCUUCAGAAACACCCGCCCUCGAGAGACGAAGCCUGGAAAGCACAAGGCAGAGGUGUCCAAGCAGGGGAAGACUGGCAGAGUGACUCACUCACAGCCCUCCUCCCCACAGAGGGACAGAGAACUCACACCAGACACAGUCAUCAAGGACAUAAAGAAGAUUGCUCAGUCACUCUUCAAGGCUAUGAAGAGCCCCAUUCCACGCCUGGAGUUAGAGAUGAAGCCUGGACCACAGACUGAUAUCAACACUCUGCUCUCUCUGGUGGAGGACAUCAUCCGGCAGCAGAACCGAGCCGGUGGAGAGUUCUACACUGAUGCCUCCAAGAAAGAGGGAUCGCUCAUUCUCUCACUAGGGGUAACCAAUCUACAAGAGAGCAGCCUGUGUGGGAGCCCUGAGAAGACUGGGGAUGGGAGACAGAAAAGGAGCACCAACAGCCAGUAUCUGUACAGGCAGCUACGCCAUGUAGAGAAGGAGCUGAGCCUACUGGGACCUUCUCGCUUCCCCAACCCAGACAACUACUGCCGGGCAGUGCAGCAGGUCCAGGGCAUAAAGGGACUGAUAGAGUCUUCCAGCCUGGGAGGGGACGAGCUGGAUCAAAGCCCAGGCCAAGCUGAGAGUAGUGAUGGCGACAGGGGCAGUAAAAAGUGCUGUCAAGACGGGCUUCCCUGGUGGUUUGUGUUUAUCGGCUGGAUACUGGUGGUAGCCACCAGCGGAGUAUCAGGAUACUUCACCAUGAUGUAUGGGUUGACCUAUGGGAAGGACCGCUCUAUAAGCUGGCUCAUCUCCAUGGUCGUUUCUUUCUUUCAGAGCCUCCUAAUCAUUCAGCCGCUGAAAGUGCUAGGUUUAGCAGCCUUCUUUGCUCUCGUUCUGAAGAAAGUUGAUCAGGACGAAUAUGGGGAUCCAAAAAUUGAGGGGGCACUCAGAAACCCAGAUGACCCUGAUGUAGUCUGGGCUGUCAGGAGGGAUAGCACAUGCAGCUUCUACCAGCCCCCGCCACCCACAGACAUCGAGAGGAUGAGGAACAACAUGAUCAAGGAGCAGAAGGUUUUCGCCCUCAUCAAAGAGAUUCUCACCUACAUGGGGUUCAUGUGGAUGUUGCUCCUGGUGGCGUACGGUCAGCGGGACCCUAACGCUUACUUCCUGAUUCAGCACAUUCGGCAGAGCUUCAGCCAAGGGAUCUCAGACAGCAUGAGCCACGGAAAUGUGUUCACCUGGGCAAAUACCUCUCUCCUCAGCAACCUCUUCGGAGAGUACCCAGGUUUUAUCACAGAUGGGAACUCCAAACUGGUUGGUAAUGCCCGUCUUCGCCAGGUGAGAGUGCAGAAGAACUCCUGCCGCAUCGCCUGCUCCAUGCGCCAGGCUGUACCUGACUGCCAUGCUCCAUACUCAUGGGAGGUGGAGGACAUGGGCUCCUAUGGGCCAGGCUGGAACCGCUCUGCAAGUGAAAACACCUCAAAGACCCUCCGCAGCCCCUGGCAGUACCAAACCCAGGCCCGACUCAGAGCCCAACCAAUCUGGGGCAGUGUGGUUCUCUACAGGGGAGGGGGGUUUGUGGUGGACCUGGGCCCUGACUCACAGAACGCUAGCAGUACCCUUCAGUAUCUGUUUGACAACACCUGGCUUGAUUUGUUCACCCGAGCAGUCUUUGUAGAGUUCACAGUGUACAAUGCCAAUGUCAACCUCUUCUGCAUUGUCACACUCAUGCUGGAGACCACAGCUGUAGGAGCGUUCCAGUUUCGCAGUGAGCUGCAGAGUGUCCGACUAUACCAGUCCACCGGUGGACUCCACAUCUUUGUUAUGGCCUCUGAGGUCAUCUAUUUCCUCUUUAUCUUCUACUACAUGUAUGUUCAGGGAAAGCUGAUGAAGCAGCAGAAGUGGGCUUACUUCAAAACAAAGUGGAACCUGCUGGAGCUCGCCAUCAUCCUCCUGAGCUGGAGCGCACUGUCUGUCUUCAUUAAGAGGAGCCUGUUAGGGAACCGGGACAUGGAGUACUACCACAACCAUAAAGACCAGUUUGCCAGUUUCCAUGAGACAGCCACAGCAGAUGCAGUGCUGGGGUAUCUGAUCGCAUUCCUGGUGCUACUGGCUACAGUCAAACUGUGGCACCUGAUGAGGUUCAACCCCAAGCUACACAGGAUCACAGCCACACUGCAACGUGCCUGGACUGACAUAUCAGGCUUCCUUGUGGUCAUCACCAUUAUGUUCCUGGCCUAUUCUAUUGUUUCUAAUCUGAUGUAUGGCUGGAAGCUGUACUCAUAUAGGACUCUCCUGGAUUCUGCUCUGACCAUGGUCAGCUUGCAACUGGGCAUCUUCAACUAUGACGAGGUUCUUGAUUACAACCCGGUGCUUGGUGCGUUCCUCAUCGGCUCCUGCAUUAUAUUCAUGACCUUUGUGGUUCUGAACCUGUUCAUCUCAGUCAUCCUGGUGGCGUUCACUCAAGAGCAAAUGCAUCACAAGCCCUCAGAGGAGGAGGAGAUAGUGGAUCUGAUGCUGAUGAAGCUCUGCAGCUUGUUUGGGAUCAAAUAUAAGAAAGAAGAUAAAGAAGAAAGUAACAGUCCCAAGGUGAAUGCCAACAAUGCCUCUGUUACUAAGAAAGAACCCUCCACUAUAUCCUCAUAGAUGCUUACUUCUCAGUAAAGAUCUGCCACUGUAUGAAUUGAUAUUGGAACUGCUUUCAUUUAUGUUGCUCAAGAGGAGUAUUAAAACAUGUUAUAUCAAGACUUUUGCACCACUUGUAUGGUUGCUUGUAGCUGUUUAAUCAAAUCUAGCAAUGUUCUAACAAUAUGUACAGGAAAUAAUAAUUCCUCUGUCUAACAAUUUUGCUUUUUCAAUAUAUUUAGUUCCAAAAUAAAUAAACAAUAUAAAGGGUGUUGAACCAUAGCAAACUGUAUUCUUUCAUCAUUAUAAUGGGUUGCAUUAAGAUCAGAUAAAAGGCCUGAGAUGACUGUUGUGGCUGCGCAAUUCAUUCUGAUCACUUUCCCUAGGAUAAAGAACUACUACAGAAAUGGUUUAGUGCAGUUUCUGUUUUUACUUGCAAGAGUUGGGUGCAGACCUAAGUUUAAAUGCAUGUGUAUUUGUUAUAUAAAUACUUUUUUUUUGUAUUUGAGUAUUUUCAAAUACACAGCCCAAAACAAGUACCUUAUUUUGAAUGGUUACAACUAAAUUGUAUUUGAAAGUAUUUUUCAAAUACCUGGGCUAAAUGCA